AUGAACGUGGGCGUGGCUCACAGUGAAGUGAACCCCAACACGCAGGUGAUGAACAGCCGCGGCAUCUGGCUGGCUUACCUGCUGUUGACGGUGGCACUGCACGUGGUUCUGCUCAGCAUUCCGUUCUUCACCGUGCCGAUCGUCUGGACGCUGACCAAUGUCAUACACAACCUGGUGAUGUAUCUGUUCCUGCACACGGUGAAGGGCACUCCCUUUGAGACCCCUGACCAAGGCAAAGCCCGCCUUCUCACACACUGGGAGCAGAUGGACUACGGCAUCCAGUUCACGGCGUCGCGCAAAUUCCUUACCAUCUCACCAAUCGUUCUGUACAUCCUGGCAAGCUUCUACACCAAGUACGACGCAACGCAUUUCCUGAUCAACACUUGCUCCCUCCUGAGUGUCCUCUUGCCAAAGUUGCCUCUUUUCCACGGAGUGAGAAUAUUGGGAAUCAACAAAUACUGA